AUGCCAAAGACAAAACCGAAAUAUUAUGCUGUUUGUAAAGGUAGAAAACCAGGAAUCUAUUUAACUUGGGAAGAAUGUAAAUCGCAAGUUAAAGGAUUUUCUGGUGCUGAACACCGAAGCUUUCCUCUUAAAACUGAUGCUGAAAUUUUUAUCAAUAACAAAAAAGAAACUGUAGUUUUAGAUAAAAACAAGAUUCAAAUUUGGACUGAUGGUUGCUGCUUGAGAAACGGAACUAAAGAAGCUAGAGCUGGGAUUGGAGUGUUUUAUGGAGAUAAAGAUCCGAGAAACCAGUCUGAGCGACUUUCUGGUAAACAACAAACAAACAAUCAUGCUAAAAUUUAUGCGGUCAUUAGAGCGAUUGAAAGUUAUGAAAACAAAACAAAAUCAUUAGAAAUUUUCACUGACAGUUUACAUGUAGUUAAUAUUAUUGGAGAAUGGAUUGAAAAAUGGGAAAAAAAUGGAUAUAUGACGAGUAGUAAUCAACCA